GUCACUAGCGCUACCAAGGUCACCGUGGUUUCUGCGUCCUUCUUGUCUGCUGGCCCCGUGGUUGAUCUGGUUUUGGACGACUCCAGUUUGGUUUUGGCUCACCGGCCUUUGUCUGCCGACCAUGUCUUCAACCUUGUUGAGUUGUGCUCUGGUGUUGGAAUUUCGUCCAUUGGAUUUUCUCGAGUCGGUUUUCGACAUAGGUGCUCAGUCGAACGACAGCCAAAGCUUGCUGAACUUCAUAGCCUGCUGCACCCACAGGUUCCAAUUGUAUGUGCCGACAUCACCCAAGACACAACAGCCGGCCUUGUUUUUGCGCAUUGCCCUGACCCUUGCACCAUCAUGUCAGGCAUAGCAUGUCAGCCGUUUUCACGAGGUGGCUCACAACGAGGUCAGCAGGACAGCAGAUCCACAUCACUCCCAGGCACCCUCCGUAUGAUGUACCUGUUGCAGUCUCCUGCAUUGGUCUUAGAAUGCGUGGUGCCCGCCAGAGACAACAUGUAUGUCCGAGGUCACUUGCAGGCUCUGGUGGAUCAACUGGGAUACCAUGUGGUUGAAUGUUCGCUGCGCCUUGAGAAUGUUUGGUCAGCUUGCAGAUACCGUUGGUGGGUCAUCGCAACGCAUCCAUGCAUUGGACCAGUGAAGAUUCCAGCCUUCCCAACAGGCUCAUCGCUGGUUGUCAGAGACCUCAUGCCGUAUGUACAUAGAUGGCCAUCAGAUGACGAAACCCAGCUCAUUUUGCAUGGACCGGAACUUGAACGUUUCCAACUGGGUGGGCAGUCACUUCGGCAACACCAGGUCAAGCCUGACAUCAAGCUUCCAACUGCACUUCACUCAUGGGGAAAUCAGACGCAGCCGUGUGAAUGUGAAUGCAGGCCAUCAGGUUUCAGUGAUGAACUGUUGACCACCAAAGGUCUGUACGCUCAGCUCCUGCAGCUUCCAGCAACAGAAGGACAGGCAGGAGCAUGGCGACACUUGCAUGUGCUGGAAGUUUGUUUGUUGAAUGGAGUGCCUUUGAACCUUCCAUGGGGUUGCAACCAGCGGCUCAACUUGUGUGCAAUUGGACAGAUGGCAUGCCCGAUGCAUUCAAUUUGGUUGGCAGCUUCGCUUGCACGUCACAUGCAAAUGUUGUUUACGAAUACCAGCCCCGCAGACCCAACUGCACUCCUCCAGGCGCUGAAACAUGAAGUCAUGACUCAAGGACGUGACCUUUUCCCGAGCGUCCCACGUCAGCCAAUUGCUCCUGACAGAUGCGCCAUCACCAUCCAAGAGCCAGGACUUAGUGCAUGGACUUUGGUGUUUCCUCCAACAACGGUAGUCAAGGAUUUGAUCCUGGCACAUGGACGUCUUCAUGCAAUCCCCCUGGAUGAAAUUUGGGUCAAAGAUGAUGAGAACAACCUCACAACACAUGAAGCGAAGUUGUCACUGUUCCCCCGUCUCACCAUUGGCAAGUAUGAGGAUUUGUACCCAUAUGACCCUUCGAUUGGAUCCGCUGAGGUACCACAAGCUCUUGCAGAUCUGAAUGCGGACACUCAGAUGGAUUGUCUUCUGACCAUGAUGAUUGUUGGAAUUGCGUGCUCCUCAGCUGUUGGCGAUGUUGCCACCAUUAGUCCCCGCGAUGUUGAACUCUGUUCAUCCAUGCGGCGUCCCACUGUUCCAGUCGACACAAGACUCUCCUUGCUUGACAACCAGGCACAUGCAUGGGCUGAUGAUGAAGUUUGGUGGCAUUUGAGCGCCAUUGCCGUUCCGAAACCCAAAGAAACUGCCAUCUUGGAUCCGUUGAUCGCACACACAUGGCUCACAGCAGGCACACCGGCCGCGGUGCAGUACUGGGCCUCCAUGCAACCCAGAUUCAACCGCAUUGCAUCUGUUGUCCUGCUUGAUGGCCACUGGACUCCUUGCAUUUGGAUUUUGAGACCAGCUGAGUUGGAAGUCAUCCUGUGGGAACAUGAUGAUGUGGACAUCAAUGGUUUGAACUGUCUCCAUGGACUUUUGAGCUCGGUGUUUGGGUUACCACACUUUCGCACGUCAUGCACUCGUCGCCAAUUUGGAGAACAAAACUGUGGUGCAGCCGCCAUCAUCUUUCUGCAGCACCGUUUGACAGGCACCGCUUUGCCAGAAACAGCCGCUCAGUUGCAGGAUGCAGCAGAUGAACUCCGUGAAGCGUUCCGGCAGUCAAUGGAAGGGUUCAACCAGGUUCCACGACCAUGGUGUUGGGGCUCAGGUAUCACAGAUACGCAGUCCGUGCUCAACGCCUUGUUGCAACAACAUGGAGUGCCAAUUCAUGCAGCCCCGACCAGAGCCAAAUUGGUCCUGCAAAGCAUUGGCCAAGAUGCCGAACGCAAAGCCAAAAAGGCCAAUCCUAAAGCCACUGGACCCAAGGUCAUGCCGUCCAGACCCAUGGACAUUGACCCAGCCAAGUUGACCUUAGCCGUUUUGCAGAUCCUUCCACCACUGCAGACGUGCCGAGAAGACAGCUGCCAAUGCGGCAAAUGGCAUCCGACAGGUCCCGACACAGCUCAAGAUGCCCUGCUGGACGUGUUUCGCCGGCAAUUCUUUACAGAUGCAGGCAGACCCACCAAACAUGCACAGGCCAGUCACUUCAGCGUUCAGGUCAGGUAUCUGAAGUCCCAAGAACUUGCCCUUCUGCAGUUGUCAGGACUCCAUGGGGUGUAUCUUGAGCCCAGACUGCCAGAUGCAUCGGCUCCAACAGAUGAAUACCAGGUCGUUUGGCUCCCACAGGCCGACUUUGCCACUGCCCAGCACCAGUCCAAAUGCGAGCCGAUGAGCCUUGGCCUUGCACGAUCCGGACGAAGGUAUGGACCCCGUGUCACAGCCAAGAACUUCCAGCAAGUUUUUCAGAAGCUGAAGCCGGAUGGACAGUUCCUCUCACCAGAGCAUGGCACAGUGAUGGGGCCACAGAGCACCAUCGAGUUGUGCUCAUCCAAGAGCACCCUGGAUCCUUGGACAGUUCAAGACCCAUGGCAGCAGGCAUUGACCAAGGUUCCUGCCCAGCCAGCGCCCACCAUGACACCACAACUCCAGGAGUUGGAGGAAAGACUGGAACGUAGUAUCAUGGAGAAACUCCCCAUGGACCGCAUGGAAACCGACGACACAGAGGAUCGGUUGCAGACCCUGGAAAAGCAGAUGCAGCACCUUGCAAAUCGCCAUCAGGCGUUAGAGGGGACUGUUGCUGAAAACCAUCGCCAGCACUCUGCCCAGGUACAGACGUUGCAGGCCCAGAUGAUGUCCCAAAUGGAGGUGCAACGCACCCACAUGUCCAACAUGUUCGAGGAUCAAAUGAGCAAGCUGGAGACCAUACUUGCAAAGAAGGGCCGUUUUGAAUGA